AUGUCUAUUUUAAAACAACCUUUAAAGCUUGCCCUUGUUCAGCUAGCCACUAGCGUGGACAAAUCCGCAAACCUUGCCCGUGCAAGGACAAAGGUUAUCGAGGCUGCAAAUUCUGGUGCUAAUAUCGUCGUUCUACCGGAGUGUUUUAACUCCCCGUAUGGCACGGAUUAUUUCCCACAAUAUGCAGAAUCAUUGUCACCUCCGGGUUCAUCACAGACCUUCGAAAUCCUCUCCGCAGUUGCUAAAGAAACAGCCACAUACUUGAUCGGUGGAUCUAUACCGGAGAUUGACCCAGCAACUAGUAGAUUGUACAACACUUCACUAGUUUUCUCGCCAAAAGGCGACCUCCUUGCCACCCACCGAAAAGUGCAUUUAUUCGACAUCGAUAUCCCAGGGAAAAUAAAGUUCAAGGAAUCGGAGGUUCUAUCACCCGGAGACAAAAUAACUAUUUUUGAGACCGAGUACGGGAAAAUUGGAUUAGGGAUUUGCUACGACAUCCGAUUUCCGGAGCUUGCCAUGACAGCCGCGAGGAAGGACUGCUUUGUCAUGGUUUACCCAGGGGCAUUUAAUAUGACCACCGGCCCAUUGCAUUGGUCCCUCUUAGCCCGGUCGAGGGCAGUCGACAAUCAAAUAUAUGUUGCGCUUUGUAGUCCUGCCCGCGACCUUGGUGCAACUUAUCAUGCAUGGGGACAUUCAAUGGUGGUAGACCCAAAUGGAAGUAUAUUGGAGGAGCUUGAAGCUUCAGAAGGCAUCGCAAUUGCUGAUCUCGACAACGAAAAGGUUGACGAAAUUAGAAAAGGGAUCCCAGUGACGAAGCAAAGGCGGUUUGAUGUUUAUAAAAACGUUGCGGACUAG